AUGAAUAUUUUAGUUUGGAACUGUAGGGGCGCUCUGAAGCCCUCUUUUCAGAGAAAUGUGAGGGAAUUGACUCGGUGCCAUAAUCCUGCAAUCUUCGUUGUGAUGGAAACAAAAAUUGGAGGUGAAAGGGCUAGGGAGAUUACUGAUCGGUUACCGUUUGAUAGUGCUAUCCACACAGAGACCAUUGGCUAUGCGGGUGGCUUGUGGAUGCUGUGGAAUUCUGACAGAGUGGAGAUUACGGCUUUAGCUAACACGGAGCAGGAGAUUCAUACCGUGGUAAAGGUACGAAACUCAAACUCUAGCUGGUUGUUUACUGCAAUUUAUGCUAGUCCUAGAGUUGAGGAAAGACAUGUGUUAUGGAAUAACUUAAUUAAAGUAGCUGAAAUGCAUGAUAUGCCUUGGGUGUUAGCUGGUGAUUUUAAUGAGCCGCUUAUGGAUAGUGAUAAAUUUGGGGGAAGGGCGGUCAGUGUUAGUAGAUCCCUGCUUUUUAAGGAUUGUCUGGACAAGUGUAGUAUGAUAGACAUUGGGUUCUCUGGUCCGCGCUUCACGUGGACAAAUAAAAGAAAUAUUCAAGCUCUCAUUCAAGAGAGGAUUGAUAGAUUUUUUGUAAAUACCAGCUGGUGCCUUCUGUUCCCUGAAGCAAGAGUGGUUCACUUGACUAGAUGUCAUUCGGACCAUUGCCCUGUGCUUCUGGAAAUGCAGCCUAGAGUUGCUGUUAAUAGGAAGAAACCUUUUAAGUUCCAAACUUGCUGGUUGUCUGACCCAACCUUUCCUAAUCUAGUCUCUCAAUCGUGGAGUCACUAUCCUAUGCUUGCGGAUGCUAUAGAUUGUUUUACUAAAGAGGCAGAGAAGUGGAAUAGAAUGAAAUUUGGGAAUGUGUUUGCUAGGAAAAAUAAUAUUAUGGCUCGCCUGAAUGGUAUUCAGCGGGCUGUAGCGAUUAGACCUUCAAAUUUCCUCCUUAAUCUUGAGAGUGAGCUUCUAAAAGAGCUUGAUAAUGUGCUGAACCAGGAGGAGAAAUCUGGGCUUUGA